AGAGUCUUAGAAAAUGAGAUAGAGAGAUAUAUUCUCCUUAGUCAUCAUGAUUUUUGGUGUUUUCUUUUGAAAUCAAACAAGGUAAAAACCAGAUCUCUGUAAGAAGAGUCCGAAAGGGUUUUUUCUCCAUUCUUUUUUGUUUUAAAGUUUAGUAAGUAAAUAUAUUUGUGGAGAGGAUAUUUUAGAUUUAAGCUUGAGUUGUGCUUUUCUUGUCUCUUUGGGCAGAAUCGGAGGGAGAGAGAAAGAGAAAGAGAGUCAGUAUUUGAAUAUACUCCCAAAGAUUUAUCUGCUUGUGUUUGGAGAAAUCUUUGUUUGCUUUUGUUUUCUACUGUUUUUAAGCCUUUUGAAAGCUAGUUGUUUUCUAGCAACUAAUUUUCAAAACUAUCAGUUUUCGGAAUUUAGUUCCAAAACCAAAAAAAAAAAAAAAAAGAAAGAAAGAAAUUAUGUCCGGUGAUGCGUUUUCCAUGCCUGCUUCAAUAGGAGGGUUUGUUCAAGACCAAAAUAAUCCAAACCCUAACCCUAAAGCUAAUCCGAAUCCUGUUAAGAAGAAGAGAAAUCUUCCAGGAACUCCAGAUCCAGAUGCUGAAGUUAUUGCUUUAUCUCCCAAGACUCUUAUGGCUACAAACAGAUUCAUAUGUGAAAUAUGCAACAAAGGUUUCCAAAGAGACCAAAACUUACAGCUUCAUCGCAGGGGUCACAAUCUUCCAUGGAAGCUCAGGCAAAGAACCAACAAAGAAGUUAGGAAGAAGGUUUAUAUUUGCCCUGAGAAAACCUGCGUACACCAUGAUCCAUCCAGGGCACUUGGCGACCUCACUGGAAUAAAGAAACAUUAUAGCAGAAAACAUGGAGAGAAGAAGUGGAAGUGUGAGAAAUGUUCAAAGAAAUAUGCCGUUCAAUCCGACUGGAAAGCACAUUCCAAAACUUGUGGUACUAGAGAGUACAAGUGUGACUGUGGAACACUAUUUUCCAGAAAAGACAGCUUUAUCACCCAUAGAGCUUUUUGCGACGCCUUAGCUGAAGAGAGUGCAAGACUUACUUCAGCUGCAACCACAAACCUAAAUUUCAGAAAUGAUACUGUGAAUCUGCCUCAUGGAUUUGCUGGUCGAGGAGUUCAAGAUGUUGCUGGAAUUCCUCAAUUUGGUUCUGGUUUUGCGCAAGAUUAUAGCGGGAUGUCUGCAUCAGGUUUGCCUGAGAUGGUUCAAAUGGCUUCGGGCAAUCUCUUUGGCUCAUCUUCACUGACUAAUUUCUGUAACCACAGUAACUUCCCUGGAUUUGACAAGAGUGGUGCAACUUCAACAAAUUCCAAUCUCUCCUUAUCGCCAUUGCCACAAGGGUUAAAAGAAGAAGGUGGAAGCAAAGGCAAUUUGAUGGAAAGUUUUUCGUCUCUCUAUUCUGAUACUCAAUACAAGCAAUCUAAGCCUGCUGCACCCAUGUCCGCAACUGCACUUUUGCAAAAAGCAGCUCAGAUGGGUUCAACAAGAAGCAAUCCAUCGUUCUUUGGAAACAGUUUUGGUGUAAUGAGCUCAUCUUCUUCUCACACAGCUAGUUUUAGUUCAACUCAGAAUAGAAAUGAUCAGCUGCACCAGGUCUAUCCAAAUGUGAAGCAGCAACAAGAGAAUUUCAUGGCAUCAAGUAGUGUAUCAAUGAGCGUUGAUGCAGGUCUCGGAAGUUCGAACUUGAAUCCAAUGACAAGUACAGCAAGCAACAAUCAUGAUCAGCUCAUAUCACAAACAGGAGCAAAAAAAAGUGACCCAAGUCAAUUAAAGACGCACCCUGGUUCAAAUUCAAUCGAUCAAAGCCUGACUAGAGACUUCCUUGGCAUGGGCAAUGAUCAAUCUGCUCGUCCAUUUUUACCCCAAGAACUAGCCAAAUUUGCAUCAAUUGGCUCAACCAUGAGUCAAUUCACCAGCAACCACUGAGCUCAGCUACCUUUCCAAAUACCGUUACAGGCUUACAGCUCAGUAUAAAAAAUAUGCAGCAAAAAUAUACUAUCGGGGUCCUAUUCCUAUACAAUAUAUCUGCAAUAUAGUUUUAGAAAAGCUGAAAAUUGGGGACCGAAUUGGAGUCUCGGUGUAUAAGGUAAAGCAAAAGCAAACUCCCAGAAGAGCACAGAAGCUCAUCUUGUGAAUGGUCAGUGAAACUGCCAAAGGGGUCGGGGAAAGGGCCCCAAUUCCAUGUUUGAAAUGACCAAACAAUGAGCCAACUCCAAGUCAUGAAUGUACUCGUUGUUGUUCUUGUUGUUUUGUUCUGUGUCUCAACUCUCUUAUCGUUUUUUCAGAGUUGUUUUUUUUUCUUUACUUAUUUGUAUUAUUAUAAUAUUAAAAAUUUCUGUCUUCUUUUCGAAAUUAAACGGCACAGAAACGUAGUAAAGUAUGUGGUUGACUGUUCGUCAAAGUAAUGCGGCAGAGUCGUCAACGUUGGUGGGUUUAAGGAUUAGGAGAAGAGAGAGACUAAUUUACUAGUUUUAAUUUGUUCUUGGUUUUUAGAUUUGUUAAAAAGCUUACUUUGCACUGAUAAUUUUGUUUAUAUUUUAAUGUUUGG